UUUAACCACCUGACUUUGUUUUAUUUAUAUUUAUGACGUUCGGUCAUAAGACCGGGUUGUUUAUAAUAAUGCGGUUACCUGAUUGAAUCAUUAGUUUUGAAGAACAGAAUGUCUAAGGAAACGGAAGUCCAAAGACAACAAGCACCACCAGUUGCCGCCAGCGUGCCACAAAACGCAGCUACAGGAUGUGGCAACCAGAUGUUUUACCAGUAUACAGCACCAACCGUGGUCCUACAGAGACAACCAUUAGCCACCAAAACGGUUAUUGAGGCCUACAUAUUAUCGAUACCUCUCGGCUUUCUAGGAGCUCAUCAUUUUUAUCUCCGAAGACCUGGAUUUGGAGUAUUAUAUUUCUUCACAUUCGGAUUGCUGGGAGCUGGUGUCCUUUUCGAUUGGUUUCGAAUGCCAUGGUUGGUUAAGAAUGCUAACAAAAGAGCUAAAGAUCCUGAAAUUGAAUAUAAAAAGAGACUGGAUGAUGCCUAUGGUCUUUGGUUUCCAUUCGGAUUGCUAGGUUUCCACCAUUUCUACCUGCGUAAUUAUGGUCUAGGAUUUGCCUAUCUUUUUACAUUUGGACUGUUUGGCAUUGGUUGGCUGCUUGACAUAUGUUUUAUGCCUUACCACGUGAGAAAAGCUAACCAAGAACCGAAAAUUCCCGACGAAAAAUCUGCAUGUGCUGCGGAAGUACUUGCUUUGUCACCAUUCGGAAUUCUAGGAUUUCACCACUUCUACCUAAACCGUCCAUUGUAUGGUGCGUCUUACUUCUUUACUUUCGGAUUACUGGGUGUUGGUUAUAUUGUUGAUUGGUUUCGAACACCUAAUUUAGUGAAAAGACAUAACGAAGAAAAAUUUAACGGUAGAGAUCCGAAUUUGAAGUAUAGCGAUGACGCCUAUGUUUUAUGGUUUCCUUUUGGAAUUCUCGGAUUUCAUCAUUUCUAUUUACAAAGACCACUUUGGGGAUUCUUGUACUUUUUUACUUUCGGUCUCUUUGGAAUUGGUUGGUUAAUUGAUGGAUUCAGAAUAUGCUGCAUGGUUAAACAACAUAAUGAAAACUUGAAGGAGAGACAACGACUUCCGGUGUACCAAGGAGUUUAUGGUCUACCUCCACCAAAUAGCAUAUAUACCAAUGGAUCCAGUGGAAACGGAGCUCAACCUACCCAACCAAACGGUCCUCCACCAUAUUCUACCACCAACCAAAACGGUUAUCCGGGCUAUGUGUUUCAACCUGGACAACAGGGUAAUAGACCGUAUCCACAGCAACAAUAUGGGAUCAUGACAUAUCCAUAUCAGCAAGGACCGAUGCCAUAUCAACAACCACCGGGAGUUAUGCCUCAUCAGCAACAUAGCAGUGGAUUUAACAAUCCAGGAUACGAGACACCAGCUGAAACAGAAAAUCCACCACCAUAUCAGGCCGAUGAAGCCGGGGAACUUCAAACCAAAUCAGAACUUUCGUGAUUUUGUACUGAAAGCAUGGGGAGGUAGAGUGCAACAUUAAACGGAUGCAUUGUUUGUAUAUGAGACGAGUCCAGUACCGAUUUAGACCCGUCUUUUAUUUGUAAUUCUGAGUGCAUAGUGUAGAUUAUAUAAAUUUUGUAUGAGUGCAUAAUAUUCUUUUAUUACAAUAUUUAAUAUACAGUUUAUUAGAUAUGUAAAGCUGUGUUAAGAAAAUGUUGUCAUCAUGACUAUCCCAAUGUAUCGUGGAUGACUUAAUCAUCGUUGCAGCAGA